AUGGCACGCGGCGCGCCCCGGGCUGAGGAAGAAGCGCCGGCGCGGGGGACCGCCCCCGCGGGCAAAAAGAAGGAGAAGAAGGCGGGGGAGCACCGAGGGGGAAAGGGCAGAAAGUUAACGAACUGCAUCCGCUUCGUGUGCCGGUUCAUGCAGUUUGCGUCGGGGGUGGUGACCAUUGGCGUCAUCUCCGCCACUAAGGAGAAGGGCACCCACUUCUACGACUGGCAGGCGUUCUCGUACUUGCUGGCGGGCGGCUGCUUCCUGGCCUUCUGGGGCCUCGUCACGCUCUUCUUCGACUGGUUCGACACUCUGGCGUGGCGCCUCAUCAUCUUCCUGGGGGACUGGAUUGUCGCAUUCAUCGCGUUCAGCGCCGGGUGCGCGGCCGCAGCCAUCACGACGUUCAACGAUAAGGGCGCACCGCCCUACCAGGCCGCCCUCUGCCGGGACACGGGCGGCGCGUACAACAAGAUCUGCUCCUACUCGAAGGCGGCCACCUCGUUUGCGUUCAUCGGCUUCGGCUUCCUCAUCCCCACCAUGUUCAUGUCCGCCUUCUCGUUCUUCUCGAAGUACUAUGAAGGGUAG